GCUGUAGGAGGAUGCCGGUUUUGGCGACUGGAGUCCUUAGACGUCGGGAUAUGGAUUAAUAUCGUCUAUAAUUAUUUAUUUCGGCCACUCUAAUCAUGAAAAUCGCCGCUAAAUGAUAAUAUGAUAAAACAGUGAAUAUAUCUAUAGGCUUUUAUUUAAUCAGCCGCAUAUGUGGAGGAUUUUACAGUGAUUUGCUCUUGGUGUACUAAUUCUUUAACACUCAUUAAACCUUAUUGUAACUGACUGUAACACACCUUCAAAAUGCUGACGAGACUUUUCCGAAUCCACGGCCUCUUUGUGGCCUCCCACCCUUGGGAAGUCAUUGUGGCUACUGUGACUCUCACCAUCUGCAUGAUGUCCAUGAAUAUGUUCACUGGAAAUAACCAGAUUUGUGGCUGGAACUUUGAUUGCCCCAAAUUGGAGGAGCUAAUCUUAAGCAGUGAUAUCAUUAUCCUGACAAUCACAAGAUGCAUAGCGAUCGUCUAUAUUUACUUUCAGUUCCAAAAUCUUCGACAGUUAGGAUCCAAAUACAUAUUGGGCAUUGCAGGACUUUUCACAAUAUUCUCCAGUUUUGUGUUCAGCACAGUUGUGAUUCACUUCCUGGACAAGGAGCUGACAGGCCUCAAUGAGGCCUUGCCAUUCUUUCUGCUGUUGAUUGACCUCUCCAAAGCAUGUGCUCUGGCCAAGUUUGCAUUGAGUUCAAACUCACAGGAUGAGGUGAGAGAGAAUAUUGCCAAAGGAAUGGCUGUUUUAGGACCCACUUUUACUCUUGAUGCCCUUGUGGAGUGUCUGGUGAUCGGUGUGGGGACAAUGUCAGGUGUGCGACAGCUUGAGAUCAUGUGCUGCUUUGGUUGCAUGUCUGUCCUGGCUAACUACUUUGUGUUCAUGACAUUCUUCCCGGCCUGUGUCUCUCUUGUGCUGGAGUUGUCUAGAGAGAGCAGGGAGGGACGACCCAUCUGGCAGCUGAAUCACUUUGCUAGAGUUCUGGAGGAGGAAGAGGACAACAAGCCUAACCCUGUCACACAAAGAGUCAAAAUGAUCAUGUCUCUUGGCCUGGUUAUGGUUCACGCUCAUAGCCGGUGGAUUGCAGAUCCCACGUCAAGUAAUGGAACUCUUGAUCUUCCUCAAGUUGGAGUGAGUCUGAAUGACAAUAUGCCCAAGAGAAUUGAGCCAGACAUACCCCUUUGGCACUUUUACCUAUCCAGGAUGAUCAGCAUGGACAUUGAGCAGGUGAUCACGCUGGGUCUCGCCCUGUUCCUGGCUGUGAAGUACAUUUUCUUCGAGCAGGUGGAGAUGGAGUCUACCCUGUCCCUGAAAGUCCCAACUCCAAGCGCCAUGCUCUCUCAGAAAUGGUCUCCUGAUGAGUGCUGUAGGAAAGAGGUUCCCGUUUCCAGCAAGCCUGAGAAAACCCCAACUCCUCCUGCAGUUGUUACCAAAGAGGAAAGAGAUUUAGUGAUUCGGCCUCUGCCUGCCCCGAAAGAGCCUGAGCAUAAAAGUACUUUUGUUUUGGGAGAGGAUGAAACUCAGGAAAUCGUGGAUGUGUCAGUUAGUCUACCUGCUGAACCCAGACCUGUGGAAGAAUGUCUCUCCAUUCUGAAAAACCCAGAUAUGGGUGCUCGCUACCUCAGCGAUGAAGAGGUGAUCGUGUUGGUGAACUCAAAGCACAUCCCAGCUUACAAAUUGGAGGCUAUAAUGGAGAGCCCUGAGAGAGGGGUGAUGAUCCGCAGAAAAAUGCUCAGCCCCAAAUUCCCGGAGCCCACAGCUCUCACCCGCCUGCCUUAUAAAGACUACGACUACUCUAAGGUGAUGGGAACAUGCUGUGAGAAUGUCAUUGGUUACAUGCCAGUUCCUGUGGGGGUUGCUGGGCCUCUGUUAUUGGAUGGAAAGCAGUUUCAGGUCCCCAUGGCAACAACUGAGGGCUGCCUAGUUGCCAGCACAAAUAGAGGCUGCAGAGCUAUAGCAUUGGCUGGCGGUGCCAGUAGUCGUGUUCUUGCAGAUGGAAUGACCAGAGGGCCGGUGGUGCGUCUGCCUUCUGCCUGUCAGGCAGCUGAAGUCAAGGCCUGGCUGGAAAGCACUGAGGGCUUCAAGAGCAUCAAGGAGGUCUUUGACCAGACCAGCAGGUUUGCACGAUUGGAGAAGCUUCUGAUUGGUCUGGCAAGUCGCAAUCUGUACAUUCGAUUCCAGUCCAAAACUGGAGAUGCAAUGGGGAUGAACAUGAUCUCAAAAGGCACAGAAAAGGCUCUCACCAGGCUGAAGGAGGAAUUUCCAGAGCUUCAAAUUUUGGCUGUUAGUGGGAACUAUUGUACCGACAAAAAACCUGCCGCCAUCAACUGGAUUGAGGGGAGGGGCAAGUCAGUGGUGUGUGAGACCACCAUCCCAGCCAAAGUUGUCAAAGAGAUUUUAAAGACGUCGACUGAGGCUCUGGUAGACGUCAACAUCAACAAGAACUUGGUUGGAUCUGCUAUGGCUGGAAGCAUCGGAGGUUAUAAUGCUCAUGCUGCCAACAUCGUAGCUGCCAUCUAUAUUGCUUGUGGACAGGACCCAGCGCAGACAGUGGGCAGCUCUAAUUGUAUCACUAUUAUGGAAGCCUCGGGCCCCACCGGGGAGGAUCUUUACAUCAGCUGUACUAUGCCCUCCAUUGAGCUGGGCACUGUGGGCGGAGGCACGAACCUUCCUCCCCAGCAGGCCUGUUUACAGAUGUUAGGUGUGCUGGGUGCCAGUCAGGAGUGCCCGGGUGAAAAUGCCCGACAGCUUGCCAAGGUGGUGUCUGCUACCGUGCUUGCAGGAGAGCUGUCACUCAUGGCUGCACUCACUGCUGGUCACCUGGUCAAAAGUCACAUGACUCACAACAGAUCAAAAGUGAAUUUGCAAGAAGCUCCAGGAACAUGUACUAAGCAGGCAUCUUGAGUCUUCACCUGCUGAAGAUGCAAAAGGGCCACAAAGAAAGAGGAUCUCACGUUUAAGGCACAGUGAUUAGUAAUUUUGAUUAUUUUAAAGGCCAGCAGAAAGAAUACAGUUCAUGGUUCCCCUGAUCUGUUAAGCAUGAAAUAAACAGAUAAAAGUAAAAUGGUUGAAAUUAAAUAUAGGAAUCAAGAUCAGCUAAAGGAAGCUUAAAGUCUGUUUGCAAAACUGGAAACAACAACAUUAGACAGAAAGGGAAGGAGAAAGUUUAAUCUUCAUUGCACUUACAAAAGAAAUGCCAUUGGACAGUACCAAUAAAGAGAGGAGUAUAAAGUACUAGGAUUCACUAGUUGGUACAUAUGUAGAAUAAAAUUGCCUACAAAAUUGCCAAAUGCAGCCAUCAGCAGUGCUUGUGAUGCAUUCCGUGUCAGAAUGUACAUUGUUUUUUUUUGUCUGUGACGCAGGAAUGAAUUGAAUGACUUAUGUAAAAAGGUUGUGCUAUGGCAUGACGGCACAAAUAUUUCAAAAGGUGCUACAAUCCACAUGAUGUUUCAGUUCUUUGCUCAUUUCGCUAUUUCUUUGUGUUUGAACACCUCUAAAAUUGGUUUAUGCAUUAAUACACAACUUAACACACUGCAUGUUUCCGAAAGGCUUGAAAUGGCUUUUAUACAACUGGUUCUGGUUUUCAUGUCAUGGAAAAGUGUGGCUGUUUAGAUGUUGAAGACAUUGGAAGCUUGCUGUUUUUCUCCCAAAGGCACAAUUCAAAUGAUUCAAUAAAUAAUAAACUGCAAAGUUUUGUAUAUUUUUAUAAUAAAAGAAAAUACAGAAUUCA